CUGAAAUAAUGUUUUUAAUGGCAAAUAAUUUGUUAUUCAUAAAGGUUAAUAACCGAUCAAAAUACUUGUUGAUAUUUACACUUUAAAAUUAAAGAGGGGACUAGACUAUAGCUAACGUUAGCAUGGACGGAAACAACAAGAGGACUAACGUUAGCUAGCUAGCUCGAACUAGAGUUGAACGUCGCUACCAAGCUAGCCAGUUAAUCGUUCACGUAUUGUAGUGUUAUAACAAAUUUUCGGACCUAGCGAACUGUAGAUAUAAUAACGUUAUCUAGUUAAUCGAAUUCAAUAGGGGGGAAAAGUAUAUUCAAAAACAUGUUUUGUCGAAUGCAAACACAUAGCUAGCUAACUAACAUUAGUAUUAUCAUGACUCAAUUGGGUUCUCGAGAGCUAACACAUAAGUAGCUAGCCAUGUUGUUAGCUUAGCAUGCUAACUUUAUUUAGCGAGCUGACUUGUUUCUGACUGUGUGUACUUGUAACUGCCAGACCUUGCCUGCAUUCCAAACACUUAAGACACACCCUAUUCCCUCAGCCCUCAAAGUAAGUGGACACUUCUGAUGACGUCUGACGAGUAUACACUUGCAGGGUGAGGGGGGAAGGAAUUAUUUUUAAAUGGACCGCCCUUGCCCGGAAAUUCGUCAGUCAUUCAUGCCGCGAAGAUUGUGUUUUCAGCCACCGGUAGCGUGUGGGUACUUUAUAUACGCUACGCUUUCAGACUGGUCCAAGGUGCUGUGCCGAUUAUAUUGAACUCAACAUGUACUACUCCUGCUCCACAAAGAUUCUAGAUUUUUCCAAAUUAAAACAUUAGAAGAGGACGGAUUUGGAUUAGGAUACGGAUUCUAGAAUUUUUUUUAUUUAUUUAAAGCAUUAGAAGAGGAUGGACUAGGAUUGGGACUAGGAUUAGGAUACGGAUAAUCUCCACCAUUGUUCUUGGAAUCGAUCAGUGAGUUUGAAGCCUGCAGGUGCCUUCGGUUUAUUUUAGCAGGGCCUAACCAAUACCAACAAUGACUGAUGGAAGGAUCUACGUGGGAAAUCUUCCAAUGGACGUCCAGGAGAAGGACAUAGAGGAUCUCUUCUUCAAAUAUGGAAAAAUCCGGGAUAUCGAACUAAAGAAUAACAGGGGAACCAUCCCUUUUGCUUUUGUUCGCUUCGAUGAUCCACGGGAUGCGGAAGACGCGGUCUAUGGAAGGAAUGGAUAUGGAUUCGGAGACUCCAAGCUGCGUGUAGAAUACCCUCGCUCCUCUGGCGCCAAAUUUAGUGGCCCUAUGGGAGGAGGAGAAGGAGGGGGUCCUAGGGGGAGGUUUGGGCCCCCAACUCGGAGAUCUGAGUUCCGGGUGAUAGUGACUGGCUUGCCCCAAACCGGGAGCUGGCAGGAUCUGAAAGACCACAUGCGUGAGGCGGGGGAUGUUUGUUUUGCCGACGUGCAGCGAGAAGGUGAAGGAGUGGUGGAGUUUGUUCGUCGGGAGGACAUGGAAUACGCCCUGCGCAGACUGGACAGGACUGAGUUCCGUUCCCAUCAGGGGGAGACGGCGAACAUUCGUGUCCACGGAGAACGUGGUGCCAGUUACGGUCGCUCGCGGUCUCGCUCCAGAUCCCCCCGAGGGCGUGGCUACUCACCACCUCCUUACCAAAGCAGAGGGUCCACUCCACAGCGCUACCAGUCACCCCCACGCCGCCUUGUGUCCCGCCAUAGCCCCCCAGCGAGGCGACACCCAGUACCGUACCAUAGCCCGCCCCCACGCCACUAUCGAUAGACCAGCCGGCCAUUGCACAAGAGGGCACUGAUGAUUAGGGGCAGUUUAAUUAUUAUUUUUAUCCCAGAUCUCAAAUAAUUGUCCCCCUUUUGCUUGCUAUGUACAUUCCUUCAUCAGUCACCCCUGCCCUCCUGUUGGCCUUAAUAUUGUUGAUUUCCUUAAGCUUCAGCUCCCCAUGUCAGGUCACUAGUCAGCUCAGUUCUGAUGUCUGGUGAGACCAUUUGUUAACAUGCCAAUUAACUGGUCUUGCUGCUCAAGUACAUGUAUGAACAUUAUCAGUUUGAUGAACACUGCCCUGAGAAGUGUGACACCCAACAAAAACUAAAUGUGAACAUCUGCCUGCAUCGUCUAUUCCUUUUAAAUGAAUUGUAAGUGUGUGUGUAUGUGUGAACCUCUAAGAAUGAAUGAAUACAUUUGGAAAUUGAUUGUAAUCUGGUAAACCUCUGUGAAAAUCCCAUGUUUUAUUUUAAAGAAAUAUUGAACUUUAGCCAGUUCAUUCCUCUGUUUUUGUAACCUGUGGUGUCUAUAUGCAAGCAUUUUGUUUUCAAUUAAAACACAAACAAACCCAA